AUGCCGCUGAAGCUCGCCAUGAUCGUCCUCCCUCCGUUGUGCGUGACGUGCGUGGUGCUGUACCUGGCCGGCGUACCCUGGACGACCACGGCGCAGGUUGCCGCCGCCCUGCUCGUCUUCGUCGCCGUCAUAGGGCUCUGCGACCGUUUGAGGCAGCGACGCUCGCCCUGGCAGCAACAACCGGGGGCGGAGUCCAUGGCCGACGCUCCUCAGCAGGAGGCGGUCCUUGGGCUUGGCGCGUCCGCCAUCGCCAGCCUGCCGAUGUACAAGUACAGGAAGAAGCGCGGCGGCACCGGCGACGAGUGCUCCGUCUGCCUGGCCGAGGUGAAGCCGAAGGAGACGGUGAAGAAGCUGCCCGCCUGCACGCACUUGUUCCACGAAGGGUGCAUCGACGUGUGGCUGCGCUCUCACAGGACGUGCCCGGUGUGCCGGACUCCAGUCAACGCGGUGGCGGCGGCUACGCCGACGAGUCUGGAGGUUGUCGUGCACACUCAGGCCAACUGA